CGGAGCAGCUAUGAGUCCACCCCCAACAUUACUCGGUGUGCUGCGCCACUCCGCGCGGCGGCCACCCUCAUUAUUUGCCCCAAUACUCUUCCGCUCGUUCUCCCGCAUCCCCCCGUCCACUCUCUCUCCAAUUCUUCUCCGAGCUUCAACCAUACACUCGCCCAGUCGGAUACUUGCACUCGUACCAUGUACUCGCAGAUCAAUUUCCCUAAAGUCAAUAUUCUCGAUGGGCACUCCACAGCCCACGCCUUCGCCCAUAGCCGUCGCACAUAUCUCGAGAUUGGAAGGCGAAGCGAAUGCUCACCCUACGGAUGUCGACAAACAGCUUCAGCUUUUCUUUGCUCUGGUGGAUACCAAAACUCAGGCAGGAAGGGACCUCAUCAUGGCCAGGUGGGAGAGAAUGUGUGAAUUUGACCCGUCGUCUCCACUCCUUCAUUCGGACAAAGCGUUUGAGUAUUAUCUCAAAGCACUGGUAGACUCCAAGCUCGAACCUUCCGUUGAUCCCGCCGUCAGACGCCGAGAAUCAUUGCUUGCUGCUCACCCGUUAGGGGCCACCACCGCCACCGCUACCCCGUCACCAGCAGAGUCCACCUCACCAGCCUCUGAAUCCUCCCCGGCAUCCCCAUCCACGGUAUCACAGCUCUCCACCAGUCAACUUAUCGCUCAACAAGUCCGCUCCGGCGAAACUAGUCCAACGUCCUCUGUCCUCACGGGAACAGGAGGUCAACCCUUGUCUCCGGAUAUGGCCAAGUUUGCUGCUGCUAUUGGGACUGGUGCUGGUCUUAGCUCGAACCCAAUUCAUGUCCAGGUUAGCGAACCCAAGAACGCGUGGGUCCCGAAGGUCGUUCGCACCGUCCUGUUCACUGGUGUUGGAGUGUUCUUCAUGCUCAGCUUCCUAGCCGUCAUGGUAGAAAACACCGGACUACUCAGGACACCUUCCCGACCUGCUGAAUUCGAGCCCGAAAAGUCUACCAAGCCUGUCAAGUUCAGUGACGUACACGGCGUUGACGAGGCGAAGGAGGAGCUCAAAGACGUCGUGGAAUUUUUGAAGGACCCAUCUGCAUUUGCCGAGCUUGGCGGAAGACUGCCCAAGGGUGUUUUGUUGACGGGACAGCCGGGUACGGGUAAGACGAUGCUUGCGCGAGCUGUGGCAGGAGAAGCUGGGGUGCCUUUCUUGUUCGCUUCCGGUUCCGAAUUCGAAGAAAUGUUCGUCGGUGUGGGCGCCAAGCGCGUUCGUGAGCUCUUCGCUGCCGCUCGCGACAAACAACCUGCGAUCAUCUUCAUCGACGAACUCGACGCCAUCGGCGGCAAGCGUUCCGCCAAGGACCAGAACUACAUGAAACAGACCCUGAACCAGCUCCUAGUCGAGAUGGACGGCUUCCAGCAAGACGAAGGCGUGAUCGUCAUCGCCGCGACGAACUUCCCCGAAUCUUUGGACGACGCGUUGGUCAGGCCCGGCCGCUUCGACAGACAUAUCGCCGUUCCUCUACCUGAUAUCCGUGGCCGGACGCAGAUCUUGCAACACCAUAUGAUGGGCGUCAAGACGAGCAAGGAGGUCGAUCUCCUGCGUCUUGCGAGGGGGACCGCUGGGUUCUCGGGUGCGGAUCUGCAGAAUAUGGUGAAUCAGGCGGCGGUGCAGGCUUCGAAGGAACGGUGCAAGGAGGUCUCGUUGAGCCAUUUCGAGUGGGCGAGGGAUAGGAUUUUGAUGGGUGCGGAGAGGAAGAGUAUGUUCGUGGAUGACAAGGAGAAGAAGUUGACGGCGUAUCAUGAGGGGGGACAUGCGCUCACGGCGUUGUAUACGGAGGGAGCGACUCCGCUUCAUAAAGUUACGUGUAUGCCCCGGGGACACGCUCUUGGUAUCACUUCGUUCUUGCCGGAGUCCGACAGGCUAUCGAUAACCUACAAGCAAUUCUUGGCCGAGAUCGAUGUCGCCAUGGGUGGAAGAGUCGCAGAAGAACUCAUCUUUGGACGUGACAACGUGACGAGCGGGUGCUCGAGCGACUUGAGGAAAGCUACGUCGGUGGCUACGCAGAUGGUCAGGAACUAUGGGUAUUCUGAGAAGCUUGGGCCUGUGUGGCUUGGACGGGAUGACCCGAUCAGUCCCAAAAACAGGGAGGAGGUUGAGAAUGAAGUACGAUCGAUGCUGAAAGCUGGAACGAGCCGGGUGUUUGCGUUACUGAAGUCAAAAGAGAAAGAACUUCACCUACUCGCUGAUGCACUCGUUGAGCACGAAACCCUAGACAUGGAGGAAGUCAAGAAAGUGAUCCGGGGCGAGCCUAUACGGAACAUCAAAGACGUCAUCCAGGAAGAUCUUUCACAUAUAUCUCCACCAGACAUUGACGGGCCAAGUGCCUCUGUACCAGCUACCGCUGCCGUCUCAUCAUAGCCUUCGUUGGUGGCAAUUUACUCGCUCUCUUCUCAUCUUGAUCGACCUGCGAUUUGGUUGGAUUGUUGUUCGUAAAUUUGAGUGUUAUUUGCGUCUGAAUAUGUGCAUAUUAUUUUCGUUUUGGACGACGCCGUCAGAGCGAUCGUCGUCGUAAUAUUAUACAGCUG